UAUCAACAGAACCCGCAACAAUGGAGGCGAGCAUGAAGCCCGUGGGUGUGUGACAGCAUGUCAACGAGAAAUCAAGCACAAAUCCCCCAAUAUGAUAGUACACGCUUUCUGGACGGACAAUUAACAGUUACACGUGGGAAAUCGACAGGAUGGCUUCGUGGUCGGAGAAAAUGCUACAGCUUCUGCGUCGAAUGAAUAACUUUCACUUACCAGGUUCCAUAUUAGAGAGCUGUCUGCGUUUCGAGGUGGCUGGAGAGCAGGUUGGAUGGAUUUCCCCAAAAGUAGCAUCAGUUCUUGGUCGUUUUCCCUCUGUCUUCAGACCAUAUGGGAGCGCAAUUACCUUCUGCUCCAGUCUCGACACGUUUGCGAGCAGAUCGGUGGCUGUGGAUGAGGUCUUACAGGAGCUCAGGAGAGAAGCUUCAUUCACCUGUCUAAUAGGCUGGAGAGAUGAGCAAUACGCUGUGAUGCCCAGGUAUUGUGACCCUCCGCUGAUGUACAUGGAGAGAGCAGCUACAAGUCUGUUUGGAGUGAAACGGUACGGUGUCCAUGUCAAUGGCUACACUCGGGACUCAAGCGGCAAUCUCAACAUGUGGCUGGCACGGCGAUCUCUGACCAAACAGACAUAUCCAGGGAGACUGGAUAACAUGGCGGCUGGAGGACUGGCAGCAGGCUGUAGCGUAAGGCAUACCAUGGUAAAAGAGUGUGAAGAGGAGGCCUGUAUCCCUCCAGGCCUGGCAGAGCAAGCGCGUCCUGUGGGUACAGUGAGCUACACCUACGAAGAUGAUGAAGGAAUAUUUCCGGAGUGUCAGUUCGUCUUUGAUUUAGAGCUGCCUCUCAAUUUUCAGCCUCACAUUGGAGACGGAGAAGUGCAAGCCUUUUACUAUUAUCCAAUAGAGAAGGUUAAAGAUCUUCUGGUCAGUGAGGAGUUUAAGCCAAACUGUGCCAUGGUGGUUCUGGAUUUCCUCAUCAGACACGCCAUUAUCGAGCCAGACUCAGAGCCAUAUUAUCACGAAUUUGUGGCUGGAUUGCACAGAUCACUAUAAAGACUGACUGGUGGUGCUAACCUGUGUGAACCUUCAACAGUUGGAAAUUUCUAUCUUUUACCUCGACUAUUAAAAAGUGUAAGCAUGUGAAGCUGAAGACCACAUCGAGCUGGUGAAGAAAUGAGGUAAUUUAUGCAAACAUCAUCCGAAGAAGAAACACAAAAUAAAGACCGAUGCAAAGUUA